AGAAGCAAACAAGGAACUGUAGAGUGAAAAACUCAAAUAGACCCUUCGAACGGGCGUGUUUCUCCGUGCCUCCUCUUGUAUUAUCGCUGCUGCGAGGCGUGUUGUACCAUUCCACUUGUUUCUUCGUUUUCAGUUGUUGUUGCUGCUGGGCAUCGAUUGUUGUUUGUCGGGUUUCUGGCACUUCCAGCAUUCCCACUCCUCCUUCUCUCACCCUCAUGUUCCAUGCCGGAUAUUUCCGUAGUCGUCUUAGGCGGUGGCGGUGUAGGCAAAAGCUGCCUCACCAUCCAGUACCUCCAAGGCCACUUUGUAGAUCAGUACGACGCCACGAUCGAGGAUGUGUACCGCAAAACGAUUAGUCUUGACAACACGACCGCCGUCUUGACGUUGGUGGACACGGCGGGGCAAGACGCGUAUGGUGCCAUGCGAGAUCAGUACCUCCGGAAAGGGCAAGGCUUUGUGUUGGUGUACAGCAUCACGGACGCGGAAAGCUUCGCGCACAUUCGUCGCCUCUACUCCACUCUUCAGCACCUUCGAGAGGGCCGUUCCACACCGUGCGUGUUAGUGGGCAACAAAGCUGAUCACGAAGCCUAUCGUGCAGUGAGCCACGAAAAAGGGGCGCAGUUCGCUGCAGAGAUGAACGCGCCGUUCUUGGAGAUUACCGCGAAGGACCACAGGAUGUGUGAGCAGGUCUUUGAGAAGCUGGUGCGCACCGUACGCAGCGGUGGCGGCGCCUCCGCAGUUGUGGACGCCGCCGCAACUGGCGCAAGUGGGACUGCGAAUGCGAACAGCGCGGCGCCACGAGUAAGUGGCACGACGGCGGCAGCCGCUGCCACCGCGAGUGCGGCGGUAAACGGAAGUGCAAAAAUCAAAAAAAAGCGAAAGCACCGCAUAUGUACGCUACAGUAG